AUGGCCAAGUCCAAGAACCACACCACGCACAACCAAUCCCAGAAAUCACACAGAAGCGGCAUCAAAAAGACAAAAUCACAACAAUACGAAUCUCUUAAGGGGGUGGACCCCAAGUUCCUGAGGAACAUGCGCUUCGCCAAGAAGACCAACAAGAAGGGCCUGAAGAAAAUGCAAGCCAACAACGCCAAGACCGUGGCUGCUCGUGCCGAAGCCAUCAAGGAUCUUGUGAAGUGCACAGAGGUCAAGGCCAAGAUCCCAAUGGGCGUCAACCGCAAGCUCAGCAGACUGGCCUACAUCACCCACCCCAAGCUUGGCAAGCAGGCAUGGGCAUGCAGUCCCAAGGGUCUGAGGCUCUGCGGGCCCAAGGCCAAGGCACAAAGCAAAGCUGAUGCUCCAGGGAAGGCAUCAACUCCAGCAAAAGCUGUCAAAAGCACCCAAGCUCCAGCUCCCAAAGGCACCCCGGCCCCAGCUCCAGCUCCCAAAGGAGCCGUGUCUCCUAAUGAUGCCAACGGGAUGGCAAAGCCCCCGUUCCUAAGCGGAGAGAACCCCUUUGCUACCGUGAAGCUGUGCCCGAUGGUGACCAAUGACCGGUCUGCUCCCAUCAUCCGGUGA